AAAGGCCCAUCUUCUCUAUCACGUUUCCUCAGUGACUCUUAAAUGUCAGCUCCAGUUGUUGUGUGCACUGCAGCACUUCACCAAGCAGAGGGAAAGGAAUCAAGAGGGAAUAAAUAAGGCUGAAGCAUGAACAAGACGGAGCUCAUCACUGCUGCAGGCUUUGCUGUAUCACUGCUGUUCCACAUGACCAGGGCUGAAGCCUGUCCUGCCUCCUGUGACUGCAAGUCGCUGGGAGACACAAAGGGUUUGCAGAUCGACUGCAGCUCAAGGAAGCUGACAGCAGUGCCUGCCUUGCCCGCUGACACCAAGAGGCUUUAUCUCCAGAACAACAGCCUGAGCUCGGUUCCUCCCGGCACCCUGGACAGCCUGCACAGCCUGGAGGAGGUGAAAACCUCUGACAACCCUUGGAACUGUGACUGUCACAUCCUGUACCUCAAACUCUGGUUAGAAGACGUCUCUGCACCCUCUCUUGCAAAAGCCAUAUGUGCAACCCCAGCUCCCGUGAGGAUGAAGCCCUUGAGGCAGCUGACUGGGAAUGAGCUGGGGAGUUGCAAGAGGCUUCUCCCCAUCAAGUGCCUGGAGUUCUUUUGGCGAGACCUCAUUUUAAUUGCUGGAGCAAUAAUCACGCUUAUUUUAGCAGCAUGGGCUCUGAAAUUCUCCAAAAAGCUGGUCUGCCAACUAAACCUAUGCCAGCCUCCCCCUCAGGCUGGUUGCUGCCACUAGGUUUAACAGAAACACCCAACUCUGCCACCACCAAGCAGCACAUGCACUGGCAACACCAGUUUCAAGGGGGAAGAUGCUACAAACAGAUCCCAGGGGUCAAAGAGUGGGUCCCCAGCUAGGCAAGUUUGGUUUCAUUUCCUUCCAGACUGAGCUUGGUGAUGUACUAUAGGCAAGUUUCAUUCUGCUGCCAUCUACUCACAUGAAAAGCAGUUUCUAAUUUU